AUGGCCCCCGUUAAGAAGAGCAAGAAGGAUGCCAACAGCAUCAACUCCAAGUUGGCGCUGGUGAUGAAGUCCGGAAAGGUCACUCUUGGCUACAAGUCCACCCUCAAGAGCCUCCGAUCCGGCAAGGCCAAGCUGAUCAUCAUCGCUGGCAACACUCCUCCUCUCCGCAAGAGUGAGCUCGAGUACUACAGCAUGCUGUCCAAGGCUCCCAUCCACCACUUCUCCGGCAACAACAUUGAGCUCGGUACCGCUUGCGGUAAGCUCUUCCGAUGCUCCACCAUGGCCAUCCUCGACGCUGGUGACUCCGACAUCCUUAGCGACCAGCAGGCUUAA